GGGCGGGGCUAAGCGCCGCUCGGCAGCACAGCGGAAGAAAAUGGCGGCCGUGGCUGCAGAGCCAGGAGCUGCUGCGGUUCCCACAACAACAACAGAGGGCCUUCCAGAACCGGGCCCGGCCGGGCCGCCCCUCCCGGGAGCCCUGCCGGAGCCCGCCGGACCGCAGGAGUCCGGCUCCGCCCCGGAGCUGACCGUUCCCCGGACGGAGGACGGUGCGGACGGGGAGGGCCGCCAUGUCAGGCCCGAGCUGGAGCCCGCGGCGGGAAAAGCUCCUCCUGAGAGCGGCGCUGCGGACGGACCGCUGGACCGGGUCUCCGUGGACCGGGUCUCCGUUGACCGGUUCUCUCCCGGACUACCGGCCAGCAUCCUGCCGAACCCGCAGCCCUCCGCCGUCUUCCUGCAUUCCUUCCCCGCUCCGCCGCCCGUCACCGAGGCGGGCCUGUCCUUGGCGGAACCGGCAGAACCGACCACCAACGUGACCACGGACCGGGCCGAGACCGCGGACCGAGAGCGGUGCUACACGGCUUUAGUCCAGAAGGAGCUGCGUCCCGGGGCCGCGGAGGGCGCCGCGUCGGAAGGCACUGCGGACCGCCUGUCUGCCCCGACCGAUCCGGACCGAGACACCGGGUACGGAAAGAACCCGGUGGGGACGGAGGAGCCGACCGGCCGCGGCCCGCGGGACUCGUCCCCUCCCUGCCGGUCCCCGAAGAGGUGGCUGGUGACGGAGGCCGUGAAGCAGGAGAAGCCCGGAGAGGAGGACUCCGAACAUCCCGGAUCCAUCCAGGACCUCAGUCCCGGUUCCGAGGUCCGGGUUUCCCUGGACCACGUCAUCGAUGACGCGCUGGUGGUGUCGUUCCGGCUGGGGGAGAAGGUGUUCUCCGGGGUCCUGAUGGACGUGUCCAAAAGGUUUGGACCUUACGGUAUUCCCAUCACGGUGUUUCCCCGACGGGAUGACCAGAGUCGACCUCUGAUGUCCCUGCAAUCACAGCCGAUUGCCAGUGAUGACCCGUCCACCAUACAGGAAGAGGUCACCACCAAUUCUCCACCCCCACCCCCUCCUCACCCCUGGACCUCCAAACCGCCACCAUUAUUCCAGGAGGGGGCGCCAUACCCCCCUCCGCUGUUCAUCAGGGACACUUACAACCAGGCCUUACCUCAGCCACCGCCGCGCAAGAUCAAAAGGCCAAAGCGGCGUUAUCGCUGUGAGGAGCCCACCUCCAUCAUGAACGCCAUAAAGCUCCGUCCCCGUCAGGUGCUCUGUGACAAGUGUAAGGGUGUGGUGGCGACAGGUGGACAUAGAGAGACACGGCGGGGUCCGGUGGACCUGAGGGGUGAGGAGGCGCCCCGGCGGCGGAGGCCGGCGGAGGGACCGAUCUCCUCCGAGGUCAAACGACUGCGGAGUGACGACAAGGGAGGACGAACUGAUAGACGCCCGUCAUCAGGGAUACGUGUGUCGUCUUCAUCAUCAUCAUCUUCCUCCCGCCGCGUUCUGAGGGGCGUGGCUUCCUCCUCAUCCUCGUCGUCAGCUUCGUCCCACCGCAUGCACCUGAAGCUGAACUCUAAGAAGGUUCUGGCUAAAAGUUCUUCUGUUGAUCACUCCAAAGCGCAACAGGUUCUCAAGAAACUGGCGAGGAGCUCGCAGGCGCCGCCACACCACCGACCCUCUAAUCAAAACCAGAACCAGGACCGCACCAAGGCUGUGACCCGAGCAGCCGCCCUGCAGAACCACAACCAGAAGGUCCACUUCACUCGCCGCCUGCAGCACCUCAGCGGUGCCGCCGUCGGCUCCAGCGCUCACACGGCGCUCCCGCCCAGAAUGCGCCUCAAACCCCAAAGGUACCGUACAGACGAGGGACCGUGUUCGUCCUCGUCCCCGCCCAAACAGGGCGCUCGUCCUUCACCAUCUAAACCUGCACAGUGCCCCGCCCCCACGCUAAACCCGACUUCGCCCAGUGCCCCGCCUCCACCCACAGCCAUGACUCCUCCCCCCUCCUCCUGUACAGUCAGUCUCUCCUUGGAGAUUCAGGAGGCCCCCUCUGGGGAGGGAGGGGCCGAUCGGGGAGAUGAGGGAGGGGAGGAGCAGGAGGUGGAGCCUCCUCCUCCUCCCCCCUCCUCCUCCUCCUCGCUGGACUCCUCCCACUCAGAGUGCAGUUCUACAGAGACCUUUGACCUCGCCCCACCAGGAGAGCCACCCUCCACCUUUUUGCCUCGCCACCCCUCCUCUCCUCCUUGUCCACCCAGAGCCGAUGGCGAGGAGGCGCAUGGCGGCGGCGAGGAGGAGGAGGGCUGUGACCCGAAGAGGCGGCGUAAAUCUUCCACGUCGUCCUCGUCCUCCUCGUCUUCGUCGUCGUCGUCCGUCUUCUCCAAAUCGGUGUCCAAGUGUCCGCUGCCCGAUGGCCGCACCGUGUGCGUGGGCGACAUCGUCUGGGCCAAGAUCUACGGCUUUCCCUGGUGGCCGGCGCGUGUGCUCGGCAUCACGGUGUCACGGCGCGGUGAUACGGGGCUGGCGGUGCGGCAGGAGGCUAGAGUGUCGUGGUUCGGCUCGCCUACCACGUCCUUCCUACCACUCGCCCAGCUGUCGCCCUUCCUGGAAACCUUCCAGUCGCGCUUCGAUCGGAAGAGGAAGGGGCCGUACCGCCGCGCCAUCGCUGAAGCCGCCAGCGCCGCCAAACAGCUGACACCCGAAGUCCGGGCUCUGCUCACGCAGUUCGAGACGUAGUAUUAGCUAGCCCCGCCCCCUGCCUCGCCCCACUACACAUGCCCCACCCUUAGUAAAAGGUGGGAGGAGCUAACUCCCUGACUGAUCUGUCAGUCAGAUGGAGAAUGUUUCUGUUUCCUGUUUAGGAAGGGGGAGGGGCUUCUGGGUGUCGGGGGCGGGCCUUAUUGCUACAGUUUCCUGCCCCUGUCCUCACAGAGGUCCUCAGUUUUAGUAGAUGUCAGUCAGUGACAGCGUUUCAACUCGCCUCGCUCGGUUCUUAAUGUGAUGAUGUCAUCGUGAUGUCAUCAGACAGUCAGUUACAGAUUGUCCAGGUGCAUCAUGGUAAAUGUAGCAUCCAUUCAUCUAGUUAUUGUUUGGUUUUCAUUAUUGCAAAACGUAGCCUGCUGAUUGGUCGACAGAGCUGCGUCAUGAUGAUGUCACAAUGUUUAAACACUAACAUCUAAACGCUGAAGCUACGCUAGACUCAGCUGAUUAUGUUUGAUUAUUCAUGGUAUUAAUGAUCACUCCAGAUGUUCUCUUUGUUCCUGAAUCCGUUGUUUUGUUUUGCCGGGUCAAACGUUUGGGCUCGGCGAUGUGAAACGCUGUGACACGCUGAUGUCAAAUCCUGAGGACCACCCACCAAAUGCAAACACGUCCUGUUUUUAUGGAGGCUUCAUUCCAUUCAGGACUAACCCCACCCUACAGCAGAUUAUUACUGUGAAACAUUACCGAGGUCAGGGCACCAAACACGGGACGUCAUGUGACCCUGUUCAAACUCUGACAUCACUAUGUGGUCAUCAGUAUAACAGUUGUGAUGUCAUUGUUCUCUGAUUGGCUCAUAGAGGUUUUGUUUAAACAAAGUUUUCAUUUGAAGUUCGGACUUUUAUUUAGAGUAUCAUAGAUGUUGGGUGGGACGAUGUCUCACUCGGUCUGUGUUCGGGGGACAGACGGGGGACAGGUAGGACACACUGACUGCACUGCUCCCUGACAAUGAGGAGGAUGAAGGUGGAUUUUCCCUCUCUGCUGUUUGUUCUUUCAGACUCUUUUUACCGUCUGUUUGCAGAUCAGAGAUUCUGAACGAAAGCCUGUUUGGACGAAACAGUCGACCUGUGUAUAUGUUUUUCUCCUGUUUUAAAUCUAUUAAUAAACUGUCAAACUUG